AUGCAGAAAAUCUCAGACUUUCAUGUUUUGCCAAUAACCUAUUCAUCUCAAGCCACUCAUUACAUGUACAUCCGUGCACACGCCUCGCGCCCAAAACCGGGGGCUGUAGAUCCUCUGCCGGCAGACAGGACGCUUUUCGUCGUCAAUCUUCCUCCAGACGCGACCGAAAGAGAGCUUAAAACUCUUUUCGGCAAGUUUGGGACGGUCGAACGCGUCUCUUUUGCGGGCCACGAUCGGGUGCAAGCAAUUUUAGAGCAAGAAGAUGAGACUAGUGAAGAAGAAGAGGGAAACGUAGACGCAGAUGAAAACGGUAUGGAUGAAGAUGAUAGUGAUGGCGAGGAUGUUCAAGCCAAGAAGCAACGAAAAAAAGUGGAAAGGGAGGCAAAGGUCGCCCCGAAGGUUGUACCGCUGCCUAUCGCUGCCUUGCGCGCCCUCAGACCCACGGGAAGUGUCGGUCAUAUCGUCUUCGCGUCACCGCAGCAUCUCAAUGCCUCCCUCGCGAUACCCGCUGCUUCCCUCCCACUGAAGUGGCCCAAGUUCAAAGCCACAUCUUCUGCAGAACCAUCAGGGCUGUCGCAUUAUAUUGCUCGGCACAAGGCGCUUCGUCCGCCUCUCACCGCCAUUAAAGAGCAUGCCGACUCGUCGAUGGAGGUAUUUGAGUACAAGCAGGCUCAGGCGAGCAAACGCAACUCAAAGUACCGUAAAGGGGAGGCGAUUGUAGAUGAGGAUGGGUUUACACUUGUCACACGUGGAGGCGCCUACGGCCAGACGCUGGGUGGUGGGGUCGGGGUGGCAAGCAAGAAGUUUAUGCAGGAGAUGAAGAAUGGGGGAAGGAAACGAAAGAAAAAGACUACUUCGAAAGAAGGGUUCUAUGCUUUCCAGGUUCGGGAGAAGCGAAUCAAGGAACAAAUUGCACUCAAGAAGGCAUUUGAGGCGGACCAACAGAAGGUGGAACAGAGACAGGGCAAACGGUUCAAGCCGUAUUGA